UGUGUCGAGUUUAAAAACACUCUCAGCUCGAUCUGUGUCAGCAGCAUCUAUCGCACGUCUCUCACGUUACACUUACCCGUUUGACCACGAUGAUGUCUGCACUAGAGGAGUCACCAAAGUGUUAAAUGUUUGAAAUACAAGGCCGCCGAAAUCCACAUGUAAAGAGAGGAGAAAGAGAUCCGAUGCAUCUGUGCAAUAGACUGUGCCAAGGAUAAUCUGGAGUUUAGGAGAGCACUGAAAAGUCCCGUGCAGUCUCUGUCUGUUUUUUAUUUAUUUUUUCUGCUUAGAGUAAAGCAUUUUAAACAUCAUCAAGCUGGCUCACUCUCUCCCGACCCAGCCCGCUUUGACAGCUCCUCUUCACCCGCUCUGGAGGACGGUCAGCAGCAAGAGGAUGGCAUCAGAGCUGGCACUGAGCAGCUCCGACCUGCCCACCAGUCCCCUGGCCAUGGAAUAUGUUAAUGACUUCGAUCUGAUGAAGUUUGAGGUGAAGAAAGAGCCACUGGAGCCCGAUCGCAGCAUCAGCCAGUGCAGCCGCCUGAUCGCCGGGGGCUCCCUGUCUUCCACCCCGAUGAGCACGCCCUGCAGCUCGGUUCCCCCUUCCCCAAGCUUUUCAGCGCCCAGCCCUGGCUCCGGGAACGAGCAGAAGGCGCACUUGGAGGAUUUCUACUGGAUGACCGGUUAUCAGCAGCAGCUCAACCCGGAGGCGUUGGGCUUCAGUCCCGAGGACGCAGUUGAAGCGCUGAUCAACAGCACACACCAGCUCCAGAGCUACGACGGCUAUGCUAGAGGGCAGCAGUUUAGUAACACGGCCGGGACGGGAGGCGCCAUGGCCGGGGAGGAGAUGGGUUCAGCCGCCGCGGUGGUCUCCGCAGUCAUUGCCGCCGCUGCAGCGCAGAAUGGGGCACCUCAUCACCACCACCAUCACCACCACCACGGCCACCACCAGCAGCACCAAACUCCCGGCAUCCCGUCCAGCACCAACUCCCCCGUCCCCCAUCACCAGCACAGCCAUCUGGACGAUCGCUUCUCGGACGAUCAGCUCGUUACCAUGUCCGUGCGGGAGCUCAACCGGCAGCUGCGCGGCGUCAGCAAAGAGGAGGUGAUCCGGCUCAAACAGAAGAGGAGAACCCUCAAAAACAGAGGCUAUGCCCAGUCGUGUCGCUACAAGAGGGUCCAGCAAAGGCACAUACUGGAGGGCGAGAAGACCCAGCUCAUUCAGCAGGUGGACCACCUCAAACAAGAGAUCUCCAGACUGGUGCGCGAGAGAGACGCGUACAAAGAAAAGUACGAGAAGCUGGUGAACAACGGCUUCCGAGAAAACUCGUCGAGCAGCGACAACAACCCCUCGUCCCCGGAGUUUUUCAUGUGAGUUCCAUAAAAAAAGCAUAAAAAGAAAACAAGUAAAGUUUUCAAAACUUUUUUUCCUGCUUUGGGGGGUUGUUAGAUCAAGUCUGACAACUUUUUUUAUCGCUUUUAUAAAGAACUGAUUUCAGUUCUUGUUGAGUUUGGGGGGCUUGUUGUGCAACCAAACCUUUUUUUUCUUUAUAUAAGUAUUAUUCUCUAAAUGAGUUAAUAUUCUGACGUGUAUGCACAUACACUCACGAUAUUGAACUUCAUUCGCAUUUUUUUCUGCCAAAUGACAAAGUUUGCUAUUUUUAUUUUUUAUACAUAUAUUUUUGCUCUUUUACCAAAGUCGAUGGAUUUUGUCCCAUUAUCAUCUCAUUCUGCUUGCUGUUUUGUGACUUUUCAUGAGAAUCUAAAGACAUUGAUAUAUAAAGAGACAUGUCAUUGAAGUGCCUGCAUGCUGGACAUGUAUGGUCUUUUUUUUUUUUUGGUAUUUCUUUAUUCCCCUUUAAUUUUUUAUGCGCUUAAAAUGAACUUCUACUUGGGAAAAGAACUUCUGCUCAGCAUGGCAUUCAUACAUUUCUUUAAUUUCCCCAUCACUUUUUUGGAAUACGGACUAAAAAAGUGAAAGGAGCAUCAUGUCAUCAUCCUCCUCAUGAAAAAGUUGAUCCAUACACUUUCCAUACAGUUAAUUCUCUGUUGAGAGCCAACUGGAAGCAGGGAGAGAACAAGGACCUGGUUUCUAAAAGGAAUUCUCCCUCUGGGACUUAAACAGUGUUGUUGCUAAAAGCGGUUUGUGUAUUUAAUGUCAAACCUUUGCAUUUUGAUAACUCUGGAAUGAACUACUUUUUAUUUCGUCAUAUAAAACAGUCGAAGGUAGCCCAUGCCACAGGUUGACACAGAGAAGAAGGGGUGACUUAGAGUUUAGAUGUUGCCUGUUCAUUUUGUUAAAAGUUUGGGAAGGCUCCAAGUUUGCAUACAGCUGGAUUUUUAUCAUGCGUAACUUGAGCUUUUUGCAGCAUGUACUUGCAAUGAAAACAGCAGUUUGACAGUUGUAGUUCCUGUUGUAGCCUGCCAUUUACUGCAUUUUAAAACCAAAGUAUUAAAGUAGAAUUUCAAGUCAACCUGGAAAAUCAUGCAUUCAAAAAAAGAAGAAGAAGAAGAAAAUAGUCUGAUAUGAAAUCUGACCUAUCUGGAAUGAGUUGCACUAAAUGUAGCUUGUAGCAAAUUAUAUAUCACAUAUUGGAAUCUAUCUAGAACGCUAAUUUAAAAGGCACCCGUCAUGGCUUUGCUUAAAACUAAAGGACUUAAUCUUAUUUAGAUUUAUAUAUAUAUAUUGUCAAGCAGGACUCGAUUCUUUCUCUCUUUCUUUCUUUUUCAUUCUUGUUAAUAAAAUCAUUUUUUACAUGGCAAUAAUGUAGUAAUCAAUAUUAAAAUGUCUGGACAUUGUUUUAUGGUCAGGGAUUGAUACCCUGCAUGUAUAAAUUCAGGUCAUAGCGUUCAUCAAUAAAUUCUUAAAACUAUGUUAAUUAUUAUUAUUAUUAUUAUUAUUAUUUGUUUGUUUGUUUGUUUCAUAUAUAUUUUGCUGUGCAAAAUUAUUUUAUCCACUAACUAUAUGUGAUGUUCAUAUAUGCUUAUUUUCAUUUCAUACAUAUAUGAUAUGCAAUAAAAUGCAAUUUGGGCCACUUAAA